AUGGGCUUCCCCGUGGGGUACUCGGAGCUGCUGCUCCCCCGGCUGCUCCUGCAGGCGCUCCUCCUCCUCGGCCACCUCCACCGCCUCCUCCUCUGGGCCUUCCACGCCGUCGGCCUGGGCGACCUCAUCGACCUCGGCGGCAGCGCGCCCGUGCCCACGGCGGAGGAGGCGCAGUGGCACGCGCACCACCGACCGGCGCCCUCGCCCUCGCCCUCGCUGCAGCACCGGCGGCCCGACUUCCGCGCGCUGCCGCCGAUGGCCGCCGUCGAGGAGGCGCUCCCCGUGCUGCGGUUCGACGAGCUGCUGGCGUCCUCCCCGUCCGUGUGCGGCGACGGCGACUGCGCCGUCUGCCUCUGCGGCAUCGGCGGCUGCCACGAGGUGCGGCGGCUGCCCAACUGCCGCCACGUCUUCCACCGCGGCUGCAUCGACCGCUGGAUGGGCCACGGGCAGCGCACCUGCCCGCUCUGCCGCGCCCCGCUCAUGCCCGGCGACGCGCUCUGGGCCGACCUCCCGGACGCCUCCGACUACGACAUGUCCUACCCGUCCCCGCUGCCGCUGGCGGCCACCCCGACCCUGCUGCGCCCGCACGAGCUGCUGCUCAACGGCCUGGGCGGCUUCCAGUGA